AUGAAGGAAGGCACGAGUCCGCACGCCGGGCCAGAAUGGCCUGGCAACACCAGGCGCGCGUGGAGGAGGAGGGAGUCCAAGGUUGUCUAUCACACUGCUCCCGGCUACUCAACUCGUCGCAUCCCCAGUCCAGCAUCGUCGCCCAGAGAUUCAGCGCAGCACAAUGAGCGAUAUCAGCCUCCGGCAGUCCAGACCGCCAAUCUGGGAUAUGUCGAUAAUUACUUCCCCGUUCCGAAGCCAGGCGCCGGAAACCAGGACUCGAAUUUUGACAAUGUAAUUCAUCAACAAGGCCCUAGUUCUAUUGAGAACUCAUUCUUUUCUCUUUCCUCUUAUACGUUAGGUCCUAAUCCACCGAGGUCUCCUCAUCUAAUGUUUGAUGGCAACGAUUCGCAUUCCCCCCUCAGUGGACGGCCGCAAAUGUAUGACCAGGACUUUAUGUGGGAUGGACUACCUUCCGGGAAUGCUCCCCUAACUUCUGGCUUUGAGGAUAUGCAGAUGUCAGACUUACAUCACGGAAGCUUUGGGAGCUUGGAUGGCAGCAUGGGAUUGUCGACUCCCGAUACGGCGACCUCCUCGAUGCACUCGGAGGACUUUGUAUUCCCUAUCGUUGACCAGACAUUCGGCCCAUCAGGGACCACCGAUCCAAUGACUGGCCUGGCUCUACCAGACGAAUGGUACAAACAGAAGUUUGAUUCCCCUUCUCCAGGUGCUGUUAAUCCGGGCUCUCCUCAGUAUAUCGAAAACUUGCCGCUCGAUAAUGAAUUCUUUCAACUGCCGGAGUGGAACCACAAUUAUGGAGAAGUUUAUACAGAGGACACAAUCCAAUGGCCCUCGCCGUCAACGACCCUCGUUCCACAACAGAUCCCAAGCCCACAACUAGGAGAGCCGAUAACUCUUACGAUCAAUCCCCCAAUCCCAUGGCAUUCUCAAAAUCAAGCCAGCAACUUGCAGUACAACGCGACUCCCGGUGUUGUCACUUUCCAACAACCUCCCGGCCCUAAUUACGCCACACACGUGAAGAGGCAGGAAUUCCUUGACGUUGGUCAACCAAUUGACAAGGCCCUUGCUCCGGAAGCAGUCACCCCCAGUGCUGAGAGCGAGAAUGGGAGUUGGGCACUCGUCCCUUCCUACGCGAACAGUGAUGCGUAUGCAGCAUCCCAUGGCUCACCACAUUCUCAUGGGUCUCCGGCCUCACACCCCCCUUCACCUUCACAGGAUGAAAUGGAGCACCAGCAUAUCUUCAGUUCCAGACCAGAUGCUCCUAAAGUCAAACUUCCACGUGGUCGUCAAAGAGGUCUCACCGAGCUGGAGAAAAGGCAGGCCAGGGAUGUGCGAGAGGCAAAAGCUUGCUGGGCUUGCCACAUUUCGAAGACCAAAUGUUCUCCGUGUUCGCCUGGUAAGCCUUGUGAGCAGUGUGCAAGACUUGCCGGUAAGAGGCGAUUCUGUCUCUUCUCUUGCUUCAAUGAUCCGCUUGAGUCCUUGACAACCUUGCUCAUCCCCAAGUACCUCAACGGACACUUCACCAAGGCCAACGUUGAGAAUUUUGUGACGGCCAAUGCAACUGGAUGGGGCAAACGACUCAUGCCUGUUCGCUUGAGCUGGGGAUAUCAAGACCCCAUCGGCGUUGAAGUGGUUACUCUAGAUCUACGGCCCAAUUCUGAGAUGGGCUUCCACCAUCAAGCGGAAGCUACUAACGAAAUGAUCACCCGGCCGACGUUUAAACGGAUGAACAGCCCCCCCCUAGGAAUUCCACUGGCCGAUGUAGACGAACUGCAGAACGAAUAUACCCGGUACGUUCGAAGUAUUGUUCAGAAUGACAUUAUGGAGUAUGUUCCCUGUGGAUAUAUCGACCAGGGCUCAGAGCUCCCAGAGAAGCUUCUGCGUGCGAUCUGCUCCUUUUAUGGUGCCACUCGCGAGAAUGACAACGAAUCCGACCUCCUCCGUCAGGCCAUCGAGAUGCACGUAACUGCCGUCAUCCUCGAAAGAAGCCUGACCCUCGACGACGAGUCCCAGAGCCAAGUCCAACAGCAACUCCAAGAGAUAUACCCGGAAGGAUCCGCCCCAAGAUGCGCGCAACGACAAAUCAAACUCGCCUUCUACUUCCUGCAAGAAAAACGAAUCUUGAAAGUACUCAAGGACUGGGGAAACAUGAUGUGGUCAACCAGCAACCACACAAGCAAAGACAACGAAUGGGCAACCGCCUUUAGCGUCUUCCUCAUGAUGAUCCUCGUUACUGACAAGAUCUUGGGCGCCGCGUGGUACUUCUGCGAAGCAAACAUCACGCAUCGACGGCAUGAUCCAAUCUCGGAGCGCAGGCAGUUCCAAACGCUGGUUGCGUUGACAGAGAAGGAAUUAUUCGAAAGGUGCAAGGAGAUCUUUCACUGGAAAUUCAAGACUCGAAAGGGCGGGAAGGAGGCCUGCAAUCCGAUUCGGGAUGGCACCGAGGCAUUCCAAAGCAAAUCGAAACUGGCGUCGGUCGACGGAAGUGUGAGUGGCCUCGUUUGGGAUUUACAGGCGAUUGUUGUUGAUUACGAAAAAGAAAUCCGCUCGCACAGAUCCGACCCGGAGUCCGAGUCAUUAUACACAGACGACGGGCGAUUGGCGUGCAUAUUCUUGGAUGACUUUUUGGGUCGCUGA